AAAUUUAUCAAAAAGGACCUUAAAACACCAAACCUUAAAUACCUCUACACACCUCUUCCGAUCAUAAUCACAAAUUCGAUAUUUUCCCCAUUUUUUUUUCAAUCUUCUUCAUCCUCUCGGAUUCCUCCUUAAAGUUUCCACCUUUCGCCACCGCAGAGAAAACCCAAAAAUCUCAUCUUUCCUAAAAACAUUCCGGCAAAUCCUCGUCGGAAUAUUAUAAGCUGUGUUAAUCUCCGGUGGCGUUUGUGAAUGGUGGAAACUAAUCGGAUCGGUGAUAAUCUUAGGCUCACCCUUUCAACAAAAAGGGAGAGCUUUAUAAUCAUCCCUGUCUCCACAGACUCUGUUUUCGCAUUUGGUUCUUGCAAACAAGGCUGGUACUACCGUUGCAUCGGCCUCGACCCGUGACAAAACAUCAUUCAUCUUAUAAGAUCUGUUUUUAAAAAUUAUAUAUAUAUAAAAAAAAAGGAUGUUGCUUUACAAGAAGAAGAAUCAGAUGGUUAAAGGAAACAGAAUCUUGAUAAGCGUAACGUUUCUUGGAAGUGCUGGUCCGAUCAGGUUCGUUGCUAAUGAAGGUGAUCUCGUUGCAGCUGUGAUUGAUACUGCUUUGAAAUGUUAUGCUAGAGAAGGUCGUCUUCCCAUUCUUGGAUCUGAUUUCAAUGACUUUGUUUUCUAUUGUCCAAUGGUUGGACCUGGAGCUUUGAGUCCAUGGGAAGCAAUAGGGUCGGUGGGAGUGAGGAACUUUAUGUUGUGUAAGAAGAAACCAGAGGAGAAGAAGGUGGAAGGAAACAAUGGAAGAUCGAGUUUUACGAUUAAUGGAGCUAGGAAAGGAGCUGGAGGAAGAAGCUUUAAGGCUUGGAUUAACAAGUCUUUUAGUCUUAAAGUCACAACUCAUUAAGCUCUCUUUUGAAUUUGCUCUGAUUGGUUUUGUGUUCUUUUUUUC